AUGGCUACCUCACUUGGUUUCUUGUAUGUGUUCAUCUCGAUCGUGGCCUUGGUGUCGGGACUUACUCCUGCGCAAUGGAGGUCACAAUCGAUAUACCAAGUCAUGACCGAUAGGUUCGCCAGGACGGAUGGAUCGACGACUGCCGGCUGCGAUUUGAACGAGUACUGCGGUGGUACGUGGCAAGGGCUCAUCAAUCGUCUCGAUUAUAUUCAGUCGAUGGGCUUCACGGCGAUCUGGAUAUCGCCCGUUGUAAAGAAUCCCAUCGCUUCGACGCAGGACGGCAAUUCAUAUCACGGCUACUGGGCACAGGAUGCCUACGCCUUGAACCCCAAAUUCGGGACUUCAGCAGAUCUGAAGGCAUUGUCCAACGAGCUCCAUUCCAGGGGAAUGUACCUCAUGGUCGAUGUCGUACCAAACCAUAUGGGCUCGAUUUCGUCACAGACGACAGUCGACUACAGCAAAUUCAAUCCAUUCAACAAGCAAUCUUACUUCCACAAACCUUGCAAUAUCGAUUACAACAAUCAGACCAGUGUCACACAGUGCUGGCUGGGAGAUAAUAUUGUCUCUCUCCCUGAUUUGAGGACGGAGGAUUCGAAUGUGGCGAAUAUGUGGAAUACCUGGAUUGGGCAGUUGGUGUCCAACUACUCAAUCGACGGCCUCCGCAUCGACACGGCCCAACAAAUCGACACAGCCUUCUGGGCCGGCUUCCAAUCCGCGGCUAAAGGCAUCCACACCCUCGGCGAAGUUUUCAACGGCGACCCCAACUACAUCUGCCCCUACCAGAACUACCUGCACGGCAUCCUCAACUACGGCACCUACUACUGGAUCACGCAAGCCUUCCAAUCCACCUCCGGCAGCAUCUCCAACCUCGUCAACGGCAUAAACCAGAUGAAAUCCACCUGCAAAGACGUCACCGUACUUGGCUCGUUCCUAGAAAACCACGACAACCCGCGCUUCCCCUCCUACACCCAAGACAUCGUGCUCAUCCGUACGGCAAUAACAUUCACAAUGCUCGCCGACGGCAUCCCAAUCAUCUACCAAGGCCAAGAACAGAAAUUCUCCGGCAGCAACGUCCCCUCGAACCGCGAAGCGCUGUGGACAGCCAAAUACAACCAGAACGCCGACCUCUACCUGCACAUCCAAAAACUCAACCGCAUCCGCAGCUGGGCGAUCCGCAAGGACUCGACCUACCUCACCUACAACGCCUGGCCGAUCUGGUCCGAUUCGAAGACGAUUGUGAUGCGGAAGGGGUAUGCGGGCAAGCAGAUUGUGAGUGUUUAUAGUAAUUCGGGCUCGAAUGGGGGGACGAGGACGAUUACGAUUAAUAGUGGGAAUUCGGGGUUUACGGCGGGGGAGAAGGUUACGGAGGUGUUGAGGUGUGAGGCGUUGACGGCGGAUAGUAGGGGGAAUGUUGGGGUUAGUAUUCCUACGGGUAGGCCGGGGAUUCUGUAUCCGACGGCUGGGUUGAGGGGGAGUGGGAUUUGUGGGUUGUGA